UUUACUUACCCUCGUCACAAAAUACAAACAGAGAAGAGUGAGAGAGUCGGAGAAGGUUCAGAGGUUACAGGUGAUGGAAUCGUGGACAAAUUUCAGCCAUUGAUCUUGCAUACUCUCUCUGACUCCGAUCUUUUGAUCAUGAACGGCCGUGAUUUCUUCUCCCUGACAUUCAUUGCCGUUCACUGAAUCUCCGUGAGCUUUAUCAAUGGCUUCUAUGCAAAUGUAGCUGUUUUCCUGUGUUUCAUUCCAUGGCCAAACUCUGUGGAUUUUUGUUCUCAAUAUGAGCAUCCGUUUGGGGCUGUAUAAGUCGACCGGUUACUUGUUUCACAUGUGAUUACCGCAUUCCAUAGUUAAGUCGGGCAUCACUGGGUGAGAGACAAGGAUCUUUUAACUUGUGACAUCUCCGUUGCCAGCCUUGAAAACUGCAAGUUUUCUGUACCAUUUUAUGGCUAGAAAGUUGGAAAGUCCAGUACAGACACAGAUGGCAGUUUCUGCUUUUAACAGUAUAUCCAAUGGGCAGUACCAUGGGAAUAGAAUAUUGAAACCUGUUAGAACACGGCGUGUCUUUGUACAGACUGAAACUGGCUGCGUAUUGGGAUUAGAAUUGGAUCGGAACGACAAUGCUCAUUCGGUUAAAAGAAGAAUGCAGAUUGCCCUUAACGUACCUACAGAUGAGAGCUCUCUAACAUUUGGUGAUCUUACUUUAAACAAUGAUCUCAGUGCCAUUCGGAAUGAUUCCCCGCUACUUCUUACUCGAAAUGCAAUCCAUAGGAGUUCAUCCACUCCAUGUCUCUCACCGGCUUGGAAGAAUCUUCAGCAAAGGGAUGGGAGUGGUCUGGUUGAGAUAUUAGGGUGCUCAACUCAUUCUUCUGGAACAACUGAGUUGGUGAAGGACAUUAUGGAUGCAAUCAAGAAUGGGGUUGAUCCGAUCCCUAUAAGUAGUGGGCUGGGCGGUGCUUAUUUCUUCAGAAAUAUUAAAGGUGAGAAUGUUGCAAUAGUGAAGCCGACUGAUGAGGAACCUUUUGCACCAAAUAAUCCGAAAGGCUUUGUAGGGAAAGCUCUUGGCCAACCUGGUCUUAAACGUUCGGUAAGAGUUGGGGAAACAGGAUUCCGAGAAGUAGCCGCAUACCUUUUAGAUUAUGAUCACUUUGCCAAUGUACCUCCUACUGUCCUUGUAAAAGUUACUCACUCGAUCUUCAAUGUCAAUGAUGGUGUAAAUAGAAACAAGCUUCAAGACAAGAAGGUGGUCAGCAAAAUUGCAUCAUUGCAGCAGUUCAUUCCUCAUGACUUUGAUGCUGGUGACCAUGGAACCUCAAGCUUUCCAGUUGAUGCUAUACAUAGAAUCGGAAUAUUGGACAUUAGGAUCUUUAACACGGACAGGCAUGCCGGAAACCUUUUGGUCAGGAAGCUUGGUGGCGUCGGAGGCUUCAGUCAAUUUGAACUCAUUCCGAUAGAUCAUGGUCUUUGCUUGCCUGAGAGCUUGGAGGACCCAUAUUUUGAGUGGAUCCAUUGGCCUCAGGCAUCUAUUCCUUUCUCUGAGGAUGAACUUGAAUAUAUAAAGAAUAUCAAUCCAAUGCGUGAUUCUGAUAUGCUGCGGGCAGAGUUGCCUAUGAUUCGAGAGGCAUGCCUCCGUGUUUUGGUGCUCUGCUCAAUAUUCCUUAAGGAAGCAGCCGCUUUUGGACUGUGUCUUGCUGAAAUUGGCGAGAUGAUGAGUAGGGAGUUCCAUGCCCUAGAGGAGGAGCCAAGUGAACUGGAGCUUGUAUGCAUUGAGGCAAAAGAACUUGUAAUGGAGAUCAACAUGCCAUUCUUUGAAGCUGAUGAAAGAGAUGACGAGUUUCAGUUUGACAUCGAUUGCAAGGAAGCUGAGGUUAAUUUCACCCCGAAUACUACAAGAGAUUUGCCUGCAAAAGCACUCAUUAGGCAUUGGUCUGAAACCAUGAACAACCUGAACUUUCUAGCUGAAGUAGAUGAGGAUAUUGAAGCGUCCGAGAUCCAAGUGGACGAAGAGCCGGUUAGGGCCAGAAAUGCUGGUAGUCUUGAAGAAGAUUGGUUUCAUACUGCUUCAAGGUUGUCUCUUUCCUUGAAAAGAAUUAACAACUUGGGUCCAAAAGGCUUCCACUACCAUGGUCAAAAACCUGAAAGGACUCACACAAUGGACUACUCAUCUAGGAUGAGAAGUGCAAAUGAACAGCUUCUGACCUCGACAAGCUUUGUGAAGUUUGCUGACAUGAAUGAAGAGGAAUGGAAUCUCUUCAUUGUAAAGUUCAAAAAGCUCCUUUGCCCUGCUUUCGCCAAUCGAAGGUCUCGAACGAUUGGAGAGAGACAGAGACUUGGGACAUCAUGCCAGUUUUGAGUUUAGUUAAAUAUCCUGUUGUGGAUGUGUAGAUUUUAGGUCUAAAGAAUAAAUGUUUUUGGUGCUGGGAAUUGGGUUUCUGGUACAUAGUUUUCUUUUACAUUGUACAGUGUUAUGGAAGAAGAAAUAGUAGGUACUAAAAGUAGUAUAUUUGGGAGAAAAGGAAGAAGAGAAAAGCUUGUUCAAUCAUAUUUUCUUAAUGAAAUCAUAUGCAUUUGUUACAUAAA